AUGGAGUACUACGCCUACCAGCACAGCAACAGCAGCGGCAACUUGAGCUCAAAGGAGAAGAGGCCGCCACUGAAGAGGGGGCAGCUCAAGCGGCAGAUCGUGAGGACCAUCAGCAACCUCGUGGUGCCGAGGAACGCCGCUGCUGGUGCUGCUGCCUCAAGGGAGAAAUUCAGCAGAGGACCGAGCUACAACUGA